UCCCCAGUUCCUAGGGAAGCUGAUGGAGGAGGAUCGCUUGAGCCCAGGAGUUUGAGGUUUCAGUGAGCUACGAUGACCCCAUUGCACUCAACCAGAGCUACAGACUGAGACUCUUUCUCAAAAAAAAAAAAAAAGGAAAUUGAACUACCUUCCUCACUCCUCCCUCCAUAUUAAAAGAAAAAAAAAAAUGACCAUUGAGUAUAGAUUUGUUUUCAAAGAUAGGCCAUAACUACAGUGAGGGGUUCAGAGAAAAGCUUCCCUGCAAUUCCAUGAGUAUUUUCAAACUAGCAAGACUUAGCUGUAUAGCAUUAUAAUUCUUAGUUACCAAUUUUGAGAGCUAAAUGCUUUCUAAUUUAACAAGAUAAUACAAAUACAAGUUGUAUUGGAGCCAGCACUUGUAUACUCCUACCUUGUCUGAGAGACACUUGGUGCACUGCCUUGUAGAUAUUCCUACCACAACUAGUGGUUAAAUAUGCACUUUAUUUAGGUUAACACUUUCAGAAUCUGAAAUAUUUUUGAGACCAGAGUUAAUCCAGAGCAGAUUCAAUUUUUAACAACAUUCAGAUAUUCUUUUCCUCUCCCUUCUCCAGAGUUUCUACAUAGACACUGGUUGUAUAACAAUCCAAAUACAAGAUGGCUUAGUUUUCUCCUAGGCUUAGAUACAGGCUCUGGGAGUUUCAUGGUUCUCAAAGAUAGGCUUUCAUUUUUUUGCUUACUGAUCGUGGCAAGUUGCUUUAUGGUCCAAAGUGGGUCCUGGGGUCUGUCCAUCAUGUCCAGCUUCUAGGCACGGCCCAUUUUGGGCCAGUGUAUUUAUUCUUGAGUGGUUUUAGUUUUGUGACCCCAUAUUUGUUCUUUUCAGCCUUUCUCUCUUCUUAAAUUUCUCAUGUUUUAAUUACCUGAUAAACCACCAGAUCCUCCAGUUACUUGUUUAAGAUUUUCAAUAAAAUAUCCAUUUAGCCUGUCUUCUGGUUUUGUUCAGUGUCCCCCUCUAUUUUUGUGGAGUCAGUCUUGCUCUGUCUCCCUGGGUACAGUGCAGUGGUGCCAUUGUAGCUUAUUGCAGCCUCCAACUCCAGGCUCAAACAUCCUCCUGCCUCAACCUCUGUUUUACUCAGGCUGGUCUUCAACUCCUGAGCUCAGGCAUGAUCUCCCGCCUCAGCACUCUCAGAGUGAAGGGAUUACAGGUGUGUAAUCUUCUGUGCCCAACCUGCCUGCUUGGUUUUGGAUGAUACUGAUAUGUUUCCAGUAUUGGUCACUUCCCCUCACUUUAAGUGCUAUAUUGAUUGUCUAUAGGAUCCACCGUGCUACUAGGUACAACAAUAAGAACACUUAUCCAAGAUCUUAGUUAUCUAAUGAAGUAGGCAUACAUUAAAAUCUGGUACUAAUGAUCAGAGGUUGAAAUGAUCAGGAAAGAAUUAACUGUCAGAGGAGAUGUAAGAGGGGGGAUUUGAAUUGGACUUUGAGAAACAAAAAAUGAUUUGGAAGAGCAUAAUUAGAUAUAUAACUGGAGCUCACAUAAGGUUGAAUAAGGAGUCAAAAUUGUAAAGGUGAGUAGGACCUAUUCUAUGGAGUGCUUUCUGUGCCAGGGUAAAGAAUCAUAGUGUUACAUAUGAGGGGAAGCAAAUGGAAGUUUUCUGUCGUAUUUUAGGAAUAGACUUGAUAGCCAUGUAUGUGAUAGUAUGGAUCAGGUUGGUUGGGCCCCUUGAGAGCCUAGAUGAAAUGAGAAUCUGAAUUAGGCUGAUGGCAGAAUAGAAAGGAUGGUGACAGCUGAUUGACGUGCUUGAUCCACAGUGUAUUUAACAGCACCAAGUGCCCUUUUUCUGACUUGCUUUAGGCUGUGUUACACAAAUCGAUCACUAGGAGGCAUAGUUCAUCAACUAGUAAGGCAAAAAGGAAGGCAGCUAGACUAGGCUGCCGAGAAAGCUUGGGUAGUAUAGUAUUGUGUUGAAAAAAAUUAACAUUUAACUUUUCAACUCAAGGUAUUUUGAAAAUUGGAAUCUUUAUAAGGUUUUUCUUCUAAGUAUUUCAAAGAUGAAAAAAAUAGCACAAUCUAAAUUGCACUGUGUGGAAAUAUUUGGUUAUCCUUUAUACACUGAUGAGAGUGACAUGACAUUUUCAUAGAUUGGCUUUUAGCUAUUUCUUGAAAGAUACCACCUUUGCUCUGUCCAAAUCUUUCUCAUGAGUAUGUAUUGCAAAUUAGUUUAUAUAAUCAAGAUUUUGUAUUUUUGUGAUCAAGUUGUAAAUUCAACACUUUCUGAGUUUAAGCUAGUAAUGAUUAAUGGACUUUUUAAAGCAAGUGUUUGGCUAUUUAACUGCUAAGUAAGAGAAUCCAGUUCAUUUCCACUUCUGUUUCUCAUUCCUUUAAUUACUCUUCCUAGAAACAAUAGGAUGCUAAUUUAUAUAAAUACCUCUCACAAUAUUAAAUUGCAUGUUGCUCAGAAAAAGGUUUGUGAGAUUUAUUUCAGAUGGCAUCUAUGGACUAUAAUUACUGUUAGAAUUCACAGAAGCCCAGCAUGUAUAGUAGUUAUCCAUUUAAAAUGUACCAAAUAUGUAUUGGUAUCACAGCUUUUGCAAGUGUUUUUAUAGUCUUGUUACAAUUUAAAACGUUUUAAAAGUAGAAUGCAUUUUGACAAAUCUGUCAAAUAUUUGAAGAAAUUGAUUUUUUUUUUACGAUAGAUGUGGUUCCAUUUAAAAUUUCUACACAUCUUGAGCACCUACUCUGUGCUAGGAAUUGUAUGUGAUUAGAACACAUCAGAAACAAUGAUCCUUUGCCCUCUUGAAUAGCUUACACUCUAGUAAGAAGGGGAACAGAAAUAAGCAACAGGCAUAAUAAAUUAUCCAGUAGACUGUUAGAAGAUAAUAUAUGCUAUGGGAAAAAUCUGAGGAAUUAGGUGGUUGCAAUUUUAGAGUGAUCAGGAUAGGCCUGCUGAGAGGUGACAUUUGAGCAAAGAUAGUGGGAUGACCCUGGUGGCUGUGUUGAAAAUAGAUUAUAGGACAGUAAGGUAGACUCAGGGAGACAAAUUAGGAGGCCAUUGCAGUAAUCUAGGAAGAGAUCAUGGUUAUUUGGAUUAUAGUGGUAAUGAUGGAAGUAGACAGAAUCCAGAUGUAGUUUGAAGACAUCAAUGGGAUUUUCUGACUUAAUGUGUAGAUUGGGCAUUGAGAGAAAAAAAGAAUUACUGUAAGGCAGGCAUGCUUCUAUGUAUUUGCAGUUUUGGAGCAAAAGUACAAUGGAGGUACCAUAUGUUUAAAUAUUUAAAAGUUUUGUUAAAUGAAAAUGUGUCCAGUGCAUCUAUCUUGACAAAUAUACCUUCUGGAAAGCCAGGUUUGAAUUUAUGCCAGGACAUAACUUGAGAUCAGAGCUGAUCCUCGGCCUAUGUCCCACCUUUAUGUCUUUUCACCCCUGGCUCUGAACUGUAUGGCAAAGGGCCUUCUGCACAUAUACGUGGAUACCACAAGUGUAAGGGGCCACUCCUCCUUACACAUUAGUGCACACAGUGGUGAUAUAAUGUAUUCUCUGAAACAGUCUGGAAAUCAUUUAGGCAGGGUAUUACGAAUACUGAGUACCUGGAGUGUAGUGUAGAAUGAGUAUGCACUCCAAAUGAACACAGCAUUUUUACUCCUUAAAAGUAUACAAUCCCUCUAAAGCUCAGGGCUCUGGAUAAGGGCCUCUUUUGGCCUGGUGUAAGGGCAGUACUGAUCCAAAGUUUUUGGCCUAAGCAUCUGUACAGAUGGAUUGCCAUCAACUGAGACAGGGGCUGCAGGUAAGAACAGGGUGAAGAAAUCAAUUUGGCAGCUCAUUUAUAUAUUUGAGUUCUCUAUUGUAGAGCUGUGUAAAAGGAAAAUUUUCCUCUUACAGCACUGGCCUGGGACAUAUCAAAACUGAAUGCUAUUUUUCACCAUAGCCAUUCUAAUCCAAAGUUAUUAAAAAACUAUGAACUCUAAGUGAUCCUGGCACUCCAGGCCGUCAUUGAACCAGUUUUAUCCAGGAAUUUGUAAAAUUCACUAUAAACCUAUGGUCUUCUAUCCUAUUCAGGCUGCUUAUUAUUUUUUUUUUUUUAAAUUUGCAAAAUCUAUAUGAACCCUGCUUCCUAUGACCUAAAAAUCUCCUCAGACUUUUUCUCUCUAGUGAGCUAUUCAGUGAAUGGCCUUACUAGUAAGUAUUUCCUUGCCUGGCAUGUUUUUUAUUUUUAACUGUAGUAGUUUAUUCUUUGGCAAUAAGCAGUUGGAUAUAAGUUGGGGGUAUAAAUUUGGGAGUCUUUGGCAUAUAGAUGUUAUUAAAAGUGGUGAAACUGGAUGACAUGAACAAGGGAGUGAGUAUAGAUAAAGAAGAGAACCAAUGACUCAGAAUUGGGGCACUCCAACAUUAAAAGACUGGGGAGCAGAGGAGGAACCCAAAACAAAGUGAUGUACUUGAAGCCAAGUGAAGAACUUUAUCCAAAAGAAGGAAAAUGAACUACUGUCCUAUACUGCUGAUAGACAACUUAAUAUUGCCAGUUAUAAAAUGCAAUUUUAACUAGCCAUUUCAAAUUUGUUUGCCAGAGCAAUGAUUUUUGUCAGCUAGUUUUCUAAGCUUUAGUAACUUUUAAGUGAUAUUUGUAAGUUUUCAUUAUAUCGUCUAAGUUUUUUUGAACAGUUAAUUCCUGUAAUGCAUUUCUUGUGAAUUUUUAUUUCAUUGUCUUAAAGGGCAAAUAUGGCCAUUUUGGUGAGUAGGUGGUGACAAAUUAAGAGCAAAGUUGUCCUCAAUCUAUGAGAUUCUUAUAAUACUAAAAUUUCCAAUAAUGUACUGUGGUCAGUAAGGGCACAUUGUAGACUUCUGAGCUGCUCACAAAAUUAUUAAAUUGUCUUGAAAUACCCAACUGGAAAUUCUGAGUUUUAAAGUCCCUAGCUUUAAUUAAAUGGGUGCUUUAGAAAAUUCUGCUGGCUGUAUGUUCAGGUAUUUUCAAAUAAGUUAGAAUAGAACACUUUUGUUGCAUCCUGAUUAAAAGCAGAGGACUAGGAAACAACAGACAUUUUUUUUCUCCUACAAAAAUGACUUGUGCUUCUAGAUUAUAUCUCAUUUUUUACCUAUCAAGUUUGUGUUUUUCCAUAUGAAAUAUCUUUCCCAACUACACCUGCCCUCAAAAACUCUGAAUUUAAUAGACUUGAAGGAAUUAUACCUUCCAGAUGAGCUAAAGAAUGCCAUUCUGUUAAAAGGAUGAACAGCUGGUCAUGUAGAAAUUCUCUGGAAUGCUCACUUGUCCUACAAAGGCAGGGAAAGAAACAAACAGAUGUUUGGUGUAGUGUUUGUCAUUGGUAUACAGAGUUGUAAAUAUUUUUUUCAAGCAUAAUUUUACUAAAAAUCUAUAAAAUUUUAAUAAUUGCCUUUCUCUUGAAAUGACUGCUAAUACAUUAGCAAUGUGAAGGCUCUGAGAUUUGGUCAAGUGCAGUUUAGUAGGAGUCAAGAUUGCUGGAAUUGUCCAAUUUAAUCAAAUAGUGUUGCCUUAGAUUAAGAAUGUGGACCCUCCUGUGUUUAAAUUAUCUUUUGUUCUGAUUGCUUUGGGAUUAAGGUUGCAUUUCUUAACAUGACACAAAAAGGAUUUGACUCUUGCUCUGUUCUCCAAGCUCAUCUCUCACUUUCUCUUCCCUUCUUGAAUUCUUUGCACUAACCAUACAAUUCUCCUUCCUUACACUUUGGUCACAGCAGCAGCCUUUCCUCUUACCUUGGCUAACUCUGACUUGCCCACCCCUCAUUUAUUUCUUGAUUUGAUUCUUCUCUGUAUCCUCCUCAGGGUUGGGCUCCCCGUUUACUUAAUGGGUGAAUUUCCCUACCAGGAGGGUAGGUCUCAGUUUGUGCUCUUUAUUCUGCCUUCCAUAAAGCAGCUUGUAUAGAGAUUGUCUAAAUGUAGUAGUAGGAGGGAUCUGGGGGCGAGUAGAAAUUACCUUCCCCAGGUCACAGAUAAAUGAGAUUCCAAAACAGAAAUCCGGCUAGGUAUUUGCAAAGGAACCAGUGGAGGCUGACCAGCUGUUUGGAGCCUGUCUUGAAGUGUGGGAUCUCUUAGUACUGGAUAUUCCCCCAGUUUGUAGUUGAGUUACUGUUUUAGAAGAUGUUGCAGGCUGUACAGACGGGUCAAGAAGGAAGCCAGAGAGCUGUUGUGGGUGGAGAAAAUAGGCUAGUACCUGCAGUUGGGGUCAAGAAAGGAAGGUGAGAUGCCACCUGUAGUGGGUCCACCUUUCUUCACUCCUUCCAAACUGACAGUAGCGCUAUUGCUUUAACAAUCGCUUUCUUCACUCCAAGAAGAGCUAUUUAAGACACGGAUGUCCUCUCAACCUUUGUGCACUGAGAUGUUUACCUAGGCGUCCAGGAGAGGCACAGUUCCGCGGCUCGUGAGCCUCUUUCCCAGCCUCCCUGCUCGCCCAGGCCAGGACACUGGCUCUGCGGGGUCUCGGAGCCCAGCGCGAAUCUCUAGGGCUAGUUCCCGGGGGCAGAGAGACAGCUUUGCGUUCCAGGCACUGCCUGCCUGCCUGGUAGUUGUACCCGCCUUCGUAGCCCGUGCUCACUUUCCGAGACUGUUAGCUGAGAGCCGGGCAGACGGGGAGAGGCGGGACGGUGGGGAUGGCCUCUCAGCGCCCUCUGGGCGUCGGCAUUCGUCGCCGGGCAGCAGGGGCUUCCUUGGCGAUCGCCCUGGGUGGAGGAGAGGAGUUUCUGGGGCUCGCGUUCCAGCCGCCUUGCCGGGGAAGGAGCACGGAAGCAAGUGGGCGGCGAGAGGCGGAGCAAGGGACGCGGGGGGCGUGGACGCAGCCGGCUUUGGAAAGGCCCCAAGUUAAUGAGGCGUGCGCCGGCGGCCGAGAGCCUUUCGGAGCUGGGCUUUCCCCCGCGGUUCGGGCGCCAGGAGCCGCCUUUUCCGCUGGGUGUCACUCGGGGGUGGGGAAGAUGGCCCAUUCAAAAGCGCCGCGAGGGGGCCCGGCCAGUGCCCUUCAGUGAGCGCUCGCAAGAGGACGGCAGAGGCCCAGCGGCUCGCAGCUCCGGGACCUUGUGGCGGCGCAUCAGGACGCGGCUGCCCCUCUGCCGGGACCCAGAGCCGCCGCCGCCGCUCUGCCUCCUGCGGGUUAGCCUCCUCUGCGCGCUCCGGGCAGGCGGCCGUGGGAACCGCUGGGGCGAGGACGGCGCGCGGCUGUUGCUGCUGCCCCCGGCCCGAGCGGCUGGAAGCGUUGAGGCCGAGGCGAGCGGCGGUCCCCUCUAUGCUGGGAGGAUGUUGGAGAGCAGCGGCUGCAAAGCGCUGAAGGAGGGUGUGCUGGAAAAGCGCAGCGACGGGUUGCUGCAGCUCUGGAAGAAAAAGUGCUGCAUCCUCACCGAGGAGGGGCUGCUGCUCAUCCCGCCCAAGCAGCUGCAACACCAGCAGCAGCAGCAGCCUGGGCAGGGACCGGUCGAGCCGUCCCAACCCGUCGGCCCCACCGUCGCCGGCCUUGAGCCACCGGUCAAGCUCAAGGAAUUGCACUUUUCCAACAUGAAGACCGUGGACUGCGUGGAGCGCAAGGGCAAGUACAUGUACUUCACUGUGGUGAUGGCUGAGGGCAAAGAGAUCGACUUUCGGUGCCCACAGGACCAGGGCUGGAACGCCGAGAUCACGCUGCAGAUGGUGCAGUACAAGAAUCGUCAGGCCAUCCUGGCGGUCAAGUCCACGCGGCAGAAGCAGCAGCACCUGGUCCAGCAGCAGCCCCCGCAGCCGCAGCCGCAGCCGCAACCGCAGCCGCAGCUCCAGCCCCCGUCCCAGCCCCAGCCGCAACCUCAGCCCCAGCCUCAGCCCCAGCCCCAGCCCCAACCCAAGCCUCAGCCCCAGCAGCUCCACCCGUAUCCGCAUCCACAUCCGCACACUCACCCGCACCCCCACCCGCAUCCGCACGCUCUCCAACUACCGCACCCGCACCAACAACCGCACACUCAGCCGCACGGCCACCGGCUUCUCCGCAGCACCUCCAACUCCGCCUGAAGGGGGCAGCAUGCGGGCCGGACGAGGUUUUGAGGACUUGAGGAAGUGGGACGAGCAUAUUUCUAUUUGUCUUUACUUGGAUCAAAAGCAAAACAGUCUCCCCACCCCGCACCAGAUCGUGUAGUUUGGACAUCACCCUGCUGAAAACUUGUGAUUCUUCUUAGUUUUCUGCAUACUCUUCAUCACGAUGCAGGAAACGACUUCAAGUCAAGAAGACUUUAUUUAUGAACCUUUGAAAGGAUCUUCUAGUAUGGUGGACCUUCUAGGAGCGAUGAUGUACUGUAAUUUUAUUUUAAUGUAUUUUGAUUUAUGGUUAUUUAUUAGUUUUUUUUAAAUGCUUGUUCUAAGACAUUUCUGAAUGUAGGCCAUUUUCCAAAAAGGAAACUUUAUUUUCAAAAACCUAUUCCCUAGUAAGUCCUAAUCUUGGAAAAGAAAAAAGAGAAAGGGUGGUGGAGGGGAAAACAUUAAGAAUCCAUUCAUUUUUCCUAGGGCAUUUUCAGAAGGUCUGACACUUUUCAUUGUUAUACCAGAUGGUUGAAAUUAAACUCUGACAUUACAUUUUUUUUAAAGUUUUUUCCCCCUUAGACAUAUAGUUUGUAUAGAGUAGAAGUUUAAAAAAGCUAAAAGUUCAGAAUUGUGUAAUUACGAAAAUCUAAUGCUCAAGAUAUUGCUUUUUUAAAAGGAAAUCAGUAGUAAUGAUAUCUGAUUUCAAAAUAUUUGAAGCAUAACCCAACUGAUGAUAGAAUGAUCAUAUCUUGAAUAUGUGGUAGGUCUGGGUCUACGUAGGAAAAACCUUGCUUAUAUAUAUCAUCUGUGUGUGAAAAGUUUAAUAAGAAGAGACCUUUUGAUUGAUUUAUCAAUAUGAAUGCAUUAGAUGUUUUAUUUCAAAAAUGUCAUGGGGAAAAAAGAGAAUCAUUCGACUUGUUUGAUAAAGUAUUUGUGCCCCUGUCCAGACUAGAGUACCCUUCUAAAGUACCCUUCUAGAGCUUUGCCCACUUGACUUGAACCACAGUUUCUGAUCCUUUUAUUUUGUUCUAGAAGCACACUGAAGAAUCUCAUUGUUGAAAGUACAGUUUGUAAAUAUCUCAUAGUUAGGAGUCAUAACUUUUUGUUUUCAUACUGCAAUGAUGUUGAUCAGAGAAACAAACUGUUUUACUUUUUAUUGCUCUGUGAGAUAUGAGGGCUAUAUAUUUUGUUGUUAGGUUAGCUAAACUCAGAAGUCGAAAAGGAAAGGACUGGAUAAACACUGGAUUUUCAGUAAGAAAACAAACCCAGUCUUGUUUUGGCAGCCACUUGUUCAGGAGUCUGUGAGGGAAAAAAAGAGGAUGCUCUUUUAAAGGUAGAACAAACCCUCUUCUGUGUUAAAUCAAAAGGAUGGUCAAAAUCCACAGGGCAGAUGCUACUUAAGUUUAAAAAGAGCCAUAGAUGAUACCACAUCCUCUUGGGGCUGAAAAUCACUUCCUAUCUGUGUGGCUUUACUAACUGGUCUCUGUUUUCCAUUAUCUUUUUUCACAAAGUCUUGGUCAGUAUUUUUCCAGCAUUUAAAUCAGAAUGGUCAGUAUUAGACCACUGCUAAGUUAUAUAGUCAAGAAAUGAAAAUAGAAUUGCAUGCUAGAGCUGUCUUUACUCUCCCAUUUAGAGAGAAGUUUCAAGGUCAAAUUACUUUUUAGUGCAAUAUUUAAAUGAUGAGAUUUUGAGAUCAUAACUUUUUUUUAUCCAAAAAGCUGCAGGGAAAGUUAAAACUUGAGCAAAUGGCAAACAAAAACUUAAGUGGACUCCUACUUCCAGUGGCUGUUUAGGUUGCAGUUGUAAAAAUAUGCUGCCAAGGUUUAAAAACUCUUUACACACACACACACAUAUGACAGGUCAGAUCAGAGAGCCAGAUCUAAAGAUUUCUUAAAUCAAGUUUGGUUCAGCUUCCUUAGAACUACUGCUGUACAUUUUAGGGAAUGUCCCAUAGUAUUAUAGUUUUAAUAUAUGUAGAUCCUAAUAAUCCCAAUUAAACUACAACUUUUUCCAAAUGGAGGAUUUUUCUUUUAAAUUCUUAUGAUAUAUAUAAAAAAAUCCAUACUAAAUACUUCAAAAGUUAAGAUUUGUGUAGGUUGUCAAAAGGCAUUUGUAUGGUGUUAGCUUACAUAGAGGGCUAGUAAUUUCAUUGCUACCAAGGCCCAGGCUCCCUCUUGGUUGCUGGAUUUUUUUUCCCCCUUCAGUAGCUGUGGUUCUUAAUGGGGCCACUAUAAUCAUAUUUUCUUGUCUUUCUGUAGCCCUUGUUCCUUGGUCUGCUGUGAUAGUUACGUUGAUUUGACCCUCUUUAUGGUUUUCUAGUCUGAACCCUUCUUAGCAUUUAACUGUGAAAUCUCAGAAAUUGGAAAGGAGAGAAGUAGGGUUUUUAAAAUUGUUUUGACACUUUGAAAUUAUUAUGGUUUAAUAUUUCCAGAGCAAAAAACAAGCAUGCUCAACAAGACUAAACAAGACAAAAUACAAAUGCACAUCAUUUAGUGUCUCAGUGGCUCUAAUCUACCUGUAAAAAAGUGAUACACACCACCUAAAGUAUUUUGAGGCCUGACAAAUCAGCUUCAGGGAAAAAGGUAAAAAUACUAAUUUUAACCCAAGAAAAAGAAGAAGGAAAGGGCAAAGCCAAUAGAAAACUCACCCCUUGAUUAAAUAUAAAAUGUAAAAAGUUGAAAAAUUAAGAGGAAUGUUCCACCUGAAAAUUGAACUUUUGUCCUUGAACAUGUGUUGGUACCAAGCCUUAUACACAGCCAGCUCAGUGACUAUUUGUUGGGACAAGUGAAUGAAAGAAGGACAAAGCGUGUAACUCCCCAGCAUCUAGAAAGUGGUUGCUGUUGCCUCACCAAGUGUUUUCUUCACUUGUUCUCAUGUCAUUCCUGAGAACAACUAAUUAUGGGAUAGGCCAAGUAAGCAUCAUGACAAAGGUCUUUAAACUUUCUUAGUGGAAAUUCAUUUAAAUCUGUGUAUACUCUACAGGGGGUGCUGAGAUUAGAGAGUAAAUGUCUAUAAGGAGCCUUUUGUAAAUGAACAUUUUCCUCAUUGAGCAGGCUAGCUUCUCUAAUCCUGUAGAAAUUAAGCUAACUUUAUAAUUUCACUUCAUGUAUUUUUUUCCAAUGGUUGUUUAAAAAAACCAAAACCCUACACAUUGCCGAAAGGUGUUUCCCGAACAUGUAAAAACUGUCAGGUCUGGCUUAAGUUGAAAGGCCUGUUUUAACUCUUUUUUUUUUUUCUUUUUGAUUCACUCUCUAUUUCUCUUAAAGAGCCCUAUUUUAAAUCUGACACUAAAUAAGUUUGCUGCAAGUGUAUGAGUUCGAGCACAUCAUCUGUUUUCUGUCUCUAGGAAAAGUCGUGUGGUUUAGCUUGGCUCUGAGUGCUAACGAUAUUAUAUUCAGUAGUAGGCUUAGAAGAGGGGUCUAAGACUUGACCCAGAGCAAUGCUUUAGAAGAGAGCUUUGUGGGAUGAGGAUAGGCCUGUGAACAUUCAUUUUUUUCUUUUUUUGUGUCAAACUAAUUGGUUUUUGCUUUAAUAAAAUAUCCUCAGCAGAAUAUAUUUUAAAUUUGGAAAUUAUAGUUUGUGGUAUUGAAUCCAUCAGUGAUUCAAGAGGAAUAUACCUAUUUAUCUAAAGCAACCUAAGGUGUAUUAAUUGUGGAAGUGUGUUAGAUAGGCUUUUAAGAACUAUUAUUUCCUAAAUUCUUGACACAGUUUUGAAGGGUAGCUUUUUGACCUUCGACGUUGAAGAGCCAAUCUAGAUUUACAUAAGAUUGGGUGACGGAGUGAUCUGUGACUGUUGGCAGGGCAUUUGCCAAGUGGAAUACAGGAUCCAACAGAGUUUUCUUAGAAAGGGCAUUAUUGUCCAAAGAAGGAAGCAGAAGGACUCUGUCCUUAGAAGCAUCUGCAUAAAAGCUGGUGAGACUUACUCCCCACUGCUGUGCCCCUGACCUGCUGGUGAUAGAGUGGGGAGUGAGGAAGCAGAUUUAACAAUAGGUAGUCCUUCCAGACCAUUGUAUUUUGAGAAGAAACAUAAAACUAUUGUCUGUUACAUUCCAAGAUCUGCCUUCUGCUUAAAGCAUAUGCAAACACCAUCUUCUGUAAAGCAAGCAUCACCAUGUACCAACUGCUUUACAAAUCAUCACCUUGGUGAACUUAGUAGUGUGGUCAAAAUUUGUGUAAAUAUGUCUCUUAAAUGAUUUUGGAGAAAUGUGAUUUAUUUUUCAUAUUUUCAAAAUGCAUUCCAUUUCAAAUAAAGUAUCUAUCGAGACAACCAACCUAUGGAACUUUUGAAGGCCUUGUUCAAUGGACAUGCAUACUGUGUGUUCCUGUGGAACAAAGAUUCUAAAGGGUUUGGCCAUUCUGGAAAGAAAAAGACCAUUUUUGUGGUUGGAGAUUCAUUUUUAAAAAAUUACCUGGGAAUUUUGAAUAUAGAAAUUCACUCAGAUCUAUUGGUGAAAGAAUUAGCUUCCAGAAUGCUAAUGUAUUUGAGUUGAAUUUUCCAUAGUUCCCCAGAUGACCAGAAAUGGUCCCCAGAGAAUUAGCUCAAAGGCAAUUCCCUCUUGAGUCCUAGAGAGAGGUUAGUUCUCUUAGGCCUCUUGGGAGGAAACAACUUUGACCCUGUGAGACUCAUCCUUCAAACAGGUAUUUAUAAAGCUUCCUGUUUUGUGUUAAAAGCAGAAGAGGGACUUGAUUCUUUAAAGAAAAAUAGCAUAAUUUUAUUUUUACAAUCUCCGUUGGCAUUAAAAGCCUUUAAAUAUCAAAAGAGUUCAAAACAAGAAAUUUGAAGACAAUUCUUUUUAUCCCUUAGCAUAGUCUUGCAUUGACAGCUUUAUUAGUCUACUUUUUUUUUUUUUUUAAGAAAUGAAAUCUGAGAAGACAGAUUACUGCCACUGUGAGAAGACUUCAGGGAUACUAUGUGAAAUAAAUGUGUAUAGUAGGUGGUAACAGUGUUAGUCAGAGCCAGAACUUGAGUCAUUGUACAUGGGUUCAAGUUCCUAGUUAUACCACUUAUUAGCUGUACAGAUCUUGAAUUACUUAAACUCUUGGAAACCAAUUUCCUCUCUGUAAAAUGGAGUUAAUAAAGGUACUUAGAGUUAUUGAGGAGAUUUAAUAAAUUAGUAUACAUAAAAGUGCUUAGAACAGAACAAUGCCUGUUAUUGCUAUGAAAGGAAGCUCCCUACAUUUUAGGACAGAUAGAUAGGCUUGGGAAUCAUUAUAGUCAUAUGAAUAUAUAACAUAUAUUUCAAAGCUAUAAAUUGCGUUUUCAGAGGUCUCAGUGUUCCUUUUUAAAUGCUAAGAACAAUAUGUUGACCACUUCCUUGUAUUCAACUUUGAAAAAAUAGAAAAAUACAUUAUAGUACUACCA